CUGCUACACCUUACACAUCACCAUGAGCACGUUCAGUUACAGCGCCGCUGCGCGCCAAGCAACACCAUCAGAGCCAAAGGAGGCGGCGGCCCCCGCCGCUGCCGUAGAGCCUGCCGCUGAGCCGUCUGCCGAGCCAUCCGCCGCCGCCCAGCCGUCUGCCCCCGAGCCGCCCGCCGCUGGCCCGUCAACAGCCCCGGCAGCAGCAGCAGUGGCAACAGCAGCAAGGCCCGAGCCGAGCAAGAUCCAGCACCUGAUCCUCGACGCCGGACCGCUUCUCAGCCUCACGCCAGUGCGCCACCUGGCCACAACGUUCCACACCACGCCGCUCGUGCUCGCCGAGCUGCGCGACCCCAAGGCCCGCGAGCACUGGGAGCACCUCAAGCUCACGGGCGUCGAUGUGCGCGUGGAGCCGCCGUCGGCCGCCGCCAUGGCCAAGGUCGUCGCGUUCGCCAAGAAGACAGGAGACUUUGCCGUGUUGUCGCAGACCGACUUGAGCGUCGUCGCCCUCACGUACCAGUACGAGGCGCUCGUCAACGGCGUCGACAGGAUCAGGACUGAGCCGGGGCAGGUGCUUGCCCCUCUGGACCGACCGGAGGAGGUCAAGCCUGUUGAGGAGGAGGAAGAGGAGGAUGAGGACGAGGAGGAGGUCGAGGUUGAGGCUGAGGAGGGAACCGAGGCUGCCGUCGAGGCGAUCACAAAGACCACGGCCGAGCUGUCAACGGACGAUAAGAAGGAGACUGUGGCUCCCGCCGCCGCACCUGCACCCUCAGCGCCCGCCAAGAUCCCUGGGUGGGACGAGGAUGACGAGGACGAGGGUGGUGCGUGGAUCACGCCCACCAACGUCAACAAGCACCGCUCGCACGACCUCGGCCUCCUGCCCGACGACAAGGGCGCAUCCGCUGCUCCUCUCGCCGCCGCGUGUAUGACGGGUGACUACGCCGUCCAGAACGUGCUCCUCGGCAUGGGCCUCGGCCUCGUCGGCGAGGCCGGCAAGCGCAUCAGCAAGGUUCGCUCGUGGGUCCUCCGCUGCCACGCCUGCUUCAAGAUCUGCAAGGACUCGAGCAAGCGUUUCUGCCCUUCGUGCGGCAACGCCACACUCAUGCGCACCACCGUCUCGACGUCCUCGGUUACGGGCAAGCAGACGAUCCACCUCAAGAAAAACUUCCAGUACCACCUCCGCGGUACAAAAUACUCGAUCCCCGACCCCAAGCCUGGCCGUGCAAAGGGCCAGAUCAAGGCGGGCUCGGGCCUCAUCCUCCGCGAGGACCAGGCAGAAUGGCAGGACGCGGUCCGUGUCCAGCGUCGCGAGCGCGAGAAGGAAGAGAAGCGCGCCGCAAGGGGAGACGGCAGCUGGAUGGACCCCGACUGGAUGCCCGAGAUGAUCUCUGUCGGCAUGAGUGGCAAGGGACGGUCGCAUGGGCACAACAUGCCUUCGAUUGGCCACGGCCGAAAGAACCCCAACCAGGGCAAGAAGCGCAGGUGAUUGCCCCGCGCCAUGUAGAGGAGCACCGUUAUUCUAGAUGAUUGCCAGCUGCCACGCGUCAUUGUUCAUGCAUGUAUUGUACAUCUGGG